AUGUCAUUAGGCUACUCACCACUUCCAGAAAGCGAUUACAGUCAUCGUCCCACAAUGCAGCGUUUAUCCCACGCUGAGCUCAACUGUGUCACCGAGCCAACCCGGUUAUCUAUUAAUGAAGACGGUCACUUGAUCCAGGAUCGAUCCGGUCGCACGAUAACGCUUAAAGGGAUCAAUUUAGAUCCUUCCAUGAAGCUCCCGGCUGUUCCGGUGGUUCAUUCAUAUGAUUCUGCACGAGAUGGACUAUUCUGGGAUAGCGGUGAUCGAGUCUCGUUUGUGGGUAGGCCGUUUCCCUUGGAGGAAGCCAGUACGCAUUUCAAAAGGAUCAAAUCAUGGGGUUAUAACACUAUCAGAUAUGUUUUUACAUGGGAAGCUAUUGAACAUGAAGGUCCGGAUAUUUACGAUGACGAUUUCAUCGAUUACACUGUGAAGAUACUGAAGGUUAUAGAGGAGGUGGGUGGAUUGUAUGUCAUCAUUGAUCCGCACCAAGAUGUUUGGUCCAGGUUCACCGGAGGCUCUGGAGCCCCUCUGUGGACUCUUUACGCUGCCGGAUUUGAGCCCAGAAACUUUUCAAAGAACGAGGCUGCUUUUUUGCAGAACACUUAUCCAGACCCCCACAACUACCCUAAGAUGGUGUGGCCCUCCAAUUACACUAGACUUGCAACUCAAACUAUGAUGACUAUGUUCUUCAGUGGAAGGAUGUUCUUGCCCAAGGCUAUAAUUGGAGGAGUUAAUAUCCAGGAUUAUCUGCAAGGGCAUUUCAUAGAGGCCUUCAAAUACCUGGUGGGCUCGAUAAAGUGUCUCGUUCCGGAGCUCUUCAACACCGUCAUUCUUGCUGUCGAAAGUCUUAAUGAGCCAAAUUGGGGCAUUUAUGGCAAUUCCAAUAUUGGGGAGUUACCCAAGGAUCAGCAGUUGAGGAUCGAUACUACUCCAACUGCAUUUCAGGGUAUGAAGUUGGGAAUGGGGUAUGCGGAACCAGUAGAUACCUACUACAUCUCUGUGUUUGGACCCCGUAAAAGCGGAACAAAACUGGUAGAUCCAGAUGGUGUAAAAGCGUGGAUCGACGACGAUUCUAUGGAUAAGCAUUAUGGAUUUCAAAGAGAUCCCGGAUGGAAGUUGGGCACUUGUAUCUUCGCGCAACACGGAGUGUGGGAUGCCGACUCCCGUGAGCUGUUGAUUCCAGAUUACUUCGCAACAGAUCCAAGAACAGGAGAUUCUUUGACUACAGAGUCGUUCAUCAACAUCAACUUUGUUCAAUUCUACCAGGGGUACAGGAAUGCCAUGAGGCAAGUUGAUGAUUCGAUUAUGUUGAUCAUGCAAGCACCGGUGUUUGAGAUUCCUCCCCACGUGAAAGGUACUGCUCUGAUCGAUAGUCGCACUCUUGUAGCUCAACACUACUACGAUGGAAUGUCACUGAUGUUCAAGACGUGGAAUAGGAAAUACAAUGUGGAUACAUUGGGAAUCAUGAGAGGAAGAUACUCGAACCCGGUGUUCGGGGUUGUUCUGGGUGAAAGCAAUAUCAGGAGGUCCAUUAGAGAUCAGAUGAGAGAGCUUGCAAGAGAAACUGUUGAAAAUGUAGGUAAGGUGCCGUUGAUCAUUACAGAAACAGGCAUGCCUUUCGAUAUGGAUGACAAGAUUGCUUUCAAAAAUGGCGACUAUUCGUCUCAGAUGAGUGCGUUGGAUGCCAUUGGCUAUGCUUUAGAAGGUGCUCAAUUGUCACACACCUAUUGGUGUUAUUCGCAUAUUAAUUGCCAUGAAUGGGGUGACCGUUGGAAUAACGAGGAUUUCUCGUUUUGGUCCGAGGAUGAGAUCCAAAAGACUGCUUUGGCGGACUACAGUCAAGUAAGCUCCAGUGACUCUGAAACGCUCGAUAACGUGGACCUUGACUCUAACGUGUUUCCGGGGACUCGCGUUGCCGAUGCUAUCAUUCGUCCAUAUGCAGCUCUCGUCAAUGGUGUGAUCACCGAAUGCGAAUUUGAUCUGAAGUCGGGAAAAUUCACGCUUUCUAUCGCUCCUAGUGAUCUCAAAGAGCCAACCGUGGUUUUCCUUCCCCAGAGGCAUUUUAGACCUGGCUAUUUCGAGGUCACAGUCUCAAAUGGAUACACCGAACUAAAGACGAGCAACACAAUUCAGAUUCUUGAAUGGUAUUACGACAAUUCUAGCUCUGAAGUUCAACUUGAGGUCGUUAAAGAGGUUGACAACGAGCUCUACGAGUCUUCCAUCAUUCAGUCGUUAAACCUGGCAGCCUGUGGGUGUUUUUGA